GCGGAUUGGCUGGCCCUCUCGCCUGCCAGUUAUUCGCAUCUUGUGGUCAAACGCAGAAUUGUGUGAAAUAACAAUGAACGCAGCUACUUUAUUUGUUUUUGCUCUGGUGAUAGUGGCGGUGUCCUGUCGUCCAGACAAGCCUGACCUCAAGCAGGUCAAGGCUGAGGCGGCUCGCAAGAAGGCGUGUAUGCACGACUGCAGCUCAAUCGCUCUGGACCCCAUCUGCGCUGGCAAGACUGGCGAAAAACCCAAGUCCUUCGGCAAUGAAUGCGUCAUGAACAAUUACAACUGUGAACACCAUGAUACUCUCCACAAGAUCAGCAAGGGCGAGUGUGCUGGCUCCGACGGUAUCCGCCUCUCUUAAACCAGAGACAAAGCUGACGAGGAUGGCAACAGCUUUCCAUGACUGCAUUUUCUAAAAAAAAAAAUUG